AUGCAAGAUCUUUACAGAGUCUUUCCUGGUGCCAUUAUCCAAUUCACCAAACGUGAACUCCUCAUCGAACUCAAAUCAGAUUGGCUCUGGACAGAUCAGCUCGUAGUUGCUUACAACAAAAUUCGUGAAUAUGACGAAGAUUGCAACAAACAAUGUCAAAAGACAUUACAGGAAUACGAGAUCAAAAGGUUUGAAGAUCCAAGUGAUCUGACAUUUGGACAAGAAGUCUUUUACAUUGAUGAUGAUGAAUACUCAGUUCAUAAGGGAAUCUUAUCAUCAUUUGAUAACCUCUACACAAUUCAUCACUCCCUCUUCUAUGAAGUAUUCAAGACAAACAAUUGGAAAAUCAUUCUUCCAGCAAAUGACAUCCAGAACAAAUCCAUCUGGAUCAGACAAGAGAAACUCCGUGAAGCAACAAGAAGGAAGUAUGAACGUGCACGUCUCUCACUCAUUGAAGAAGAAAAGAAAGAAGAAAUGGAUAAAUAA